AUGUCGAUGAUUACAGCUACAGGAUGGGUUCGACGAGGCGUGGCUGCCCAGUUCCCUGAACGCUACGAGAUAGACGAAGCAGAGAUAAGUCGAAUCUCGAAACUCGCCAAAGUUCAGCUUGAAAGUGCGCGGACAGAUCUGGAAGCUGCCCGGGAUGCAGAUGGCGAAGGGGAAGACGACGACGAUGUUAUGGAAACAGUAGACGACGCAGAGGUAGAAAAGGAGAGUGAAAAGAAGAAGGAGAAUAAGAGCAAGGCGGAUGACGAGGAUGAUGAAUUGGCGGAAUACGAUAUGGAACACUACGACAGUGACCCACGAGACGAGGAGGGAGAUGAAGUGACCAUGUUUGGCAAUGUCCAAUCUCUGGCCUACCAUCAACCACACGAGAAAGAUCCCUACUUGGUGUUACCGAACAAAGCAGAUGGCGCCGGUGAAGAUUCUGACGAAGAGCGAGAGGAUCUCCAGAUUCUACCGUCUGAUAACCUCUUGUUAGCAGGUAAAGUGGAAGACGAGGUGGCGCAUCUAGAGGUAUAUGUCUAUGAAGACGAGGCAGACAACCUAUAUGUCCAUCAUGAUGUGAUGCUGCCAGCGAUCCCUCUCUGUGUCGAAUGGCUUGAUAUACCCGUUGGCAGCCAGGCCAGGGAAACGGGUCGAUCGCAUGGCAACUUUGUCGCCGUUGGGACGAUGGAACCCGACAUUGAGAUUUGGGAUUUGGAUGUGGUGGAUUGUAUGUACCCUAGUGCGAUCCUGGGCAAGGCCCCGGAUGAUGAGGGGGAGCAGCAGCAGCAGAAGAAGAAGAAAAAGAAGAAGAGUGUGAUCAAGAAAAAUGAUGAAUACCAUGUCGAUGCCGUGCUGGGCCUAGCUGCAAACCGCCAACAUCGGAACCUGCUCGCUUCUGCAUCCGCAGACUGUACAGUCAAACUAUGGGAUCUGAACGACGCAAACACCACCCGCUGCGCCAAGUCAUACAAUCAACACACGGACAAAGUAUGCUCUAUCGACUGGCACUCGAAGGAAUCAACUGUCCUACUAAGCGGCUCGUACGACCGCAGUGUGGUAAUGUGCGACAUGCGCUCUGCAGAGGGCCAAGUUGGUCGCUGGACAGUCCCAAGCGACGUCGAAUGCGUGCGCUGGGAUCCGCUGGACUCCAACAUCUUCUACAUUACUACGGACGGCGGCCAGGUAGUCUGUCAUGAUCUUCGAACACCGGACUCUGCACUAUGGACUCUGCAGGCCCACGACAGCUCGGUAUCGUCCUUUGAUGUUAACUCUUUCAUCCCUGGCUUCCUCGUGACAGGGUCAACAGAUAAGACGGUCAAGAUAUGGAACAUCCUUGACAAUAAGCCAAGCAUGGUCGUCAGUCGUAAAGUGGAGGAAGUCGGUAAAGUAUUUUCAACUGGCUUUGGACCCGAUAGGGGCGUUGCGUUCCGCCUUGCUAUUGCAGGCAGUAAAGGGGUAGUGAAGGUAUGGGAUACGUCAACUAACGGGGCAGUCCGCCGGGCGUUUGCUACGAAGAUGGCGGCCAGUGCGGAGGAGAUGGGUGUCAGGGAAGGAAGAACCGAAGUCGACGGACAGGGGAUGGUCGGUGUUGCUGACGAUGAGGAAGAAGAUGACGAUAGUGACGACGAGGAGAUGGCAUAA